AUGAGCCCCAGCAAGUAUAUUUUAACUCCACCGGAUGAUCUGCAUCCUUAUGUGCAGCCAAGUGAGGACCAGCUACGCCCAGAGUACCCAGAUUUCGAACCUUGGGAACAUAAAAAGGAGGAGGACCAGAUCCUGUUGAAUUUUGUCGCCAAAGGUUACUAUUCCACCUCUAAAGUGAACUUUGAAAGCAUAUCAGCACGCUCGUCACUGCCUGAAUCACUGCCAAAACUGUCAGAUCGACUGGCAGAUCAGUUCUCCCGAGUAUUACGCAUACGAGAGCAGGAAAUUAAUCGAAUUCCAGCUACCAAUGGCGGUUCUCAUGCCCCUUUUAGCGAUUUAAGUGGACCAGGCUUUCAACUGCCGAGUCGAGUUACUUUGACCGAACAUCGUCGGGAGAUUUGGUUACAAGAGUUAAGCUCACCAUACGUUUCACUGCCUAAACUGUCUAUGCAUAUCCCACAUGGCUUGAAACGACGCCAGAUACUGGAGCAAUGCUGUGCGAAACAAAUACCUUUGAAGAGAGCCAUAUGGCUAAUCAAAUGCUGCUACUCCAUGGAGUGGAAAGUGAGAAAUUCCAAACAGAGACUAACGGAAAAGGCAUCGGAUGUAGAUUUGCAAUUAACCAAAGAAUGGACUGAUAAUUUCGUUUACAUAUUGGAAAAGCUUAUUUUUGAAAUGGUGCAGUACGAUAAUGAUCCACUGCAAUUAAAACGUUGGAAAAGCGAAGUAGGGUACUUUUUGAAACUCCUUGGAAAUUGCUAUACCCUUCGUCUCAUAGACAAGGAAACGUUUCAUCACUGGUUAGUUGAAUUUGGUGCCAAAGUCAGAAACCUAGAGUUUCUUCCUCUGACGCUGCAUAUCCUAACAAUAUUUUGGGAUGAUAUAUGUCAGCCCACAGAAGACGUUAGAACGGCACCUCAGGGAGUCUUUCUUGUCUCUAAAGUCGCUGAAAUGCUUUUGAAUAAAUACCAUUCUAUUUCCCACAGCAAAUCAAUGAUAAAUGAUGAAAAAUACAUCAUCAAUGAUAUCAAGAAGAACGGAAUGAUCAAGAACUCACUUAAAUCCAUCAUCAGCUUGCUUAUUCGCAAGCUCUUCCAGAGCAGCUCUCUGGAAGCAUUUAUUUUCCCUAAUCCAAGUUGGGAUAUUUAUAAACCAAUUCUGGAGGAAGUAAUCGGUACUAUUUCAUCAAACGAGAAUUCUGAUGUUGCCAUCGAGGUUCGCAAAAAGCUGGAGCUUAUCAGUUACCGAAAUGAAUCAUUAGCACUGAAAAAUACUGGCCCCGCAAAACCUGCAGGCCGUGGUGAACAAUUAGAAGAUAUAUACAACAGUGGAUCCAUUUUGAAAUUAAACGCUGUUGAUGUUGAGCUAACUCAAAGAUUGGACGAUAAUCCGGUGGACUUUGAUUGGACAUCUUACCUAGAAAAGAAUAUGUUAAAUGUCACCGAGAUUCGGCAACUCGUUUUGUGGGCGAUACACCCAUCGAGAGCGACGCAUUACGAAGCCAAUCAACUUGUAGCCAAAAUAAUACUCCUUAAAGUUAACACUGUCGAUGUGUUCCAGGAGUAUGCUAUUGAGGACAUCAUUUGGUCGCUAGUAUUCCAAUUGGCAAAGCUAACAGAUCAAGAAAGGUCCAUGACCAUCGACCUUUCUUCGCUCUAUCGCUUACUAAAUUUGCUGAUAACUUAUGGAAUUUUAAAGGUCCCAACAUACAUCAGAAAGCUCAUAAGCUCCGGUAUUCUAUAUCUACCAGAGUCUAAUGAUAAGUUCAUGCAUUGCAAUGUGCUAAUAAACCUGAAGAUAUCUCCCCUGAUGAAGAAUCAGUACAAUCUGGUACUGAGAAACGUUAUGGAAUAUGAUGCCACCUUUUUCCUCGAGUACAACUUUGACCAAUUGGUGCAAAAGACAGAAGAAUUUAAAGAAGUCAUAUUAAACAAAAAUGAUGCGACAAAAACUGACUUUCCACUAAGCAUUAAAAUUAUGACUGCGGAGUGGUACUUGAACGCAUUGUGCUCCGGAAAUCCCUCUGCGGUUGAUAAAGUGACGUUAGUCAGAAACUUCCAAGUAUUUUGCUUCCACUUAGAUGCAUUUCACUACUUUUACAAAUGGAUUGAGUUUGUUGUUUAUCACCAAUUGCUUAGCAACAUUGAAGCUUUAGAAGCUUUGAUGGAUAUUCUGCUUUGCUACGGAAAGCUAUUCUCUCAAUUUAUCAAUGAUCAUAUUCUGUUCACGAAGACAUUCAUUUUCAUGUACACAAAGGUUCUCAAAAUCAAAGAUGGUAAUUCUUAUGCUGUAACUUCGCUCAUGCCUUUCUGGAGGUUCUUCAUGAAGAACUUCUCCGUGGCUUUGAAUAUUGACGAAGACUUGAGUAGCGAAUUCUCAGCUGUAUGUGAGGAAGAGAAAACCAAAGGUGAAAAGUUCAGCAAAAGCAAGCAACAAGCACUAGAUUUGUAUCAAGCAUUCAGCGCAACUGGCUCGAAGACGGCGACUUGGAGCUUUCCAGAAAUUUUCCAAACAAGCUUGCGAGGCUUCUUGAUAACCAAAAAUAAACCAAUUGAUCAAAAGCGUUAUAGAUAUGAUUUGCUAUUAUUAAUGAAUGCUGGAGUGAAAGACUACAACAAAUUCAUGGCAAUAUAUUUGAAAAAACGAAACUUCGAACAAGCAGAUCUCAUUUGCUUAGUUUCUGCUAAGCUUCUCAGUUUCGAACAAAUUCACAACGUCCUGGGCACAGAAAUUGUUCUGAGCUUAUUAUCGAUUGAGGCAUAUCAGUACGGGCUUCAUUUCGAAUAUCACAAAGAGCAAUUUAUCAGAAGUAACUUCAAAACAGUUUUAGCGGCUUGUCAAACAAACUUAUCUGAACAUUACACACUUUUGCUCAAUCUUCUUUUGAAAUUUGGUACCGACUCUAAAGUAGCAUCAAUAUCGAAUAAAGCGAUCGUUAUGAUGUUAAGCAACAAUCCCAGCAGUGCCAAUCACAUCAUGGAAGACCUUCUAUUUCAUGGCCCUAACAGGACAGACAGCAAUGAUGAUAGCACUCUUGAGGAGCACCACGGUUCAGAAAUAUACGAAAUGCUUAACUUUACUAAUCUAUGGAUAUUUCAAGCAUACACUAGCUACCAAGUUGAAGUUAUCAGCAGCACCGAUGCAACCCAGUUGGAGUCUUUUCUGUUUGACAUAAUAGAUAGAUCAGGCUCUAACUGUCUUUGUGCCAAUAUAUUUGACAAGAUAGCGAGUGCUAACACCAUGCUUUCAAUCAUAAACAUAUUUGAGCGCGAUUUCUUCCAAAAGUGUUUACUUAACCAACAUCCAAAUGACACUUACUCGAAUAUUGUGAUUGAAAUCAUAACAUCGCUAUCGCAGAAAUUCCAUAAUGAAGUCAAAAUAUCCGGUGAAAACUUCGAACUUUUACAGAAGGUUCUUGACCUUUACUCAGAGUUCGACGAAGAGUCGUUGAAACCUCACGAGUUUCAAUUCGAAAUCACGUUAAAAUUAUUAACGAUUCAUCAAGCAUCCGUUUUCCAUCAAGUAAUGUUAUCCAUGCAAAACCGAAACAUCACUCAGGCGGACAGGCUGAUAAACAGACUUUUUACAUUAUUUGAUGAGAUAAUUACCGACUUGAGAUUGAAGCUGAUGUUGUAUGAGAUUUUGAAUUCUUUAAAAUCUUACUGCAUCUACAUUUCGACCACUUCAACAGGUUUCGAAACACCAAAACGACUGUUAAGCUUGCCGCCAUUUCAAAUAUCAUCAUUUACCAAAAAUGGUUCUGCCAAAUUAGAGGACAACAAAGAGUUAAAGCUUGGUCUGGUAAUGGCCAAACCCGCACCCGAGGAUGAAAGUAAUCGAUGGUUCAUUUUUGAUAAAGAUGCAAAUGAAUACUCUUGCAAACUGCGAAAUAAGCCAUAUCACCUAAUCGCGAACUUUCAAACAGAGAGCACAAGUUGUUUUAACAACUCAUGUCUUAAUUUGAGUUUAUUUAACACCUGCUUUGAGAAGAAAAAUCCAAGCUAG